CCUGUCAGCCAAUGGCCGCGGGAUGCGCCGUCCGAGGGUAACCCUCACCGCACCUGGGGGAAAAGGCGGAUGCAAGAAAUAUCGUCCUUCUACGUUAUGACGUGAGUUACCAAGCCAGCUUAGUUAGAGACAAGCGUCUCUUCCCGCUUCUCUGCCGCCAGUUAACCUAGCUCAAUGACACCACGCCUUCAACCUGAGGGCCCGCUCAUGCGCCGCAGCUGCCCUCACUAACGACGGCUGACAGGCGUGGAGUAAAAGCCGGAAGCAGGCGGGAUGGGCGGUGCUGGCAGAGGGCGUGUCGAAGGCGUGGCCUGGCUGCCGUGAGCUCUGGAGGGGCGUGGCCAGCCGCCCCACCUGGGCUUUCAGUCAAAGGCGCACUUAACCGCAGCGGUCCGCCUUCUAGCCGUUUCCAGGGGGCGGGUCGCUACUGGCCCCGCCCCCGCCCAUAUUUCUUCCUCUUGGGAAGCACCCCUUGAGUCUCCGAGAUUGGGCUGGAGCUGGCUGCUGACUUCCAGUACGUCGGCGGUCUCUAGCGGCGAUGGAGGGCGCCCACGAGAACCCCGCAGAGUCUAGCUCCUCCGUCCCCAGGUUCGAAGAGCCUGCCGGCUCGGCCGGUGCCCCCGAGGUAUUGCCUCCGGAGGAGUCGGAGGGCUGCGCCCGUUCCUUGGACGCGGCCCCCAAGAAACUCUGUGGCUAUCUAAGUAAAUUUGGCGGCAAAGGGCCCAUUCGGGGCUGGAAAUCCCGCUGGUUCUUCUACGACGAGAAGAAAUGUCACCUGUAUUAUUCGCGGACCGCGCAGGAUGCCAAUCCCUUGGACAGCAUCGACCUCUCCAGUGCGGUCUUUGACUGCAAGGCGGACGCCGAGGAGGGGACUUUUGAAAUCAAGACUCCCAGCCGGAUUAUUACUCUGAAGGCCUCCACCAAGCAAGUGAUGGUGUACUGGCUGCAGCAGCUGCAGAUGAAGCGCUGGGAGUUCCACAGCAGCCCACCUGCACCUCCCGCCGUCCCCGACGCCGCCCUGGCUGCCAACGGGCCUACCCUGCGCCUCGAGCUAGAGCAAGAGGAAGCAGAGCUGGAGGACUUCCUGUGCCCUGUGCGAACGCCCCCCGGGCUUGUGGGUGUGGCGGCUGCCUUGCAGCCCGUGCCUGCCAUGCCCUUGGCCCUUCAGAACAUUUCCCUCAAGCAUCUUGGAACUGAAAUACAAAACACAAUGUACAAUAUUCGGGGCAACAGGCAGGCCCAAGGAACAGGCCACGGACCUCCAGGGGAAGAUCCUCCACUGAGCGUGGAACCUUGGAGAACGGAGCAGCCCCUGCCCUCUGACCCCGGCACCCCAGGGAAAGAUCCAGCAGAUUCUCCAAAGUCUACACCCAAGUCCUCUCUGACUGCCAAUCUCAUUCAGAAAGCCAAGCGCCAGAACAGCACCUUUCCGUUCUUUGCUGAAGGAUUCACACGGACCCGAACUGCCCAGGAAAAGGUUCUAGCCUUGGAGCAGCAGGUUCUGAUGCUCACCAAGGAGUUAAAGUCUCAGAAGGAGCUGGUGAGGAUCCUGCACAAGGCUCUAGAGGCUGCCCAGCAGGAGAAGAGGGCAUCCAGCGCAUACCUGGCAGCGGCCGAGGACAAGGACCGGCUGGAGCUGGUGCGGCACAAGGUGCGGCAGAUCGCAGAGCUGGGCAGGCGGGUGGAGGCCCUGGAGCAGGAGCGGGAGAGCCUGCUGCAGACGGCCGGCCUGCAGGAACAGCAGGUGCAGGAGCUGCGGCGGCACGUGCAGCUGCUCAUGGAUAAGAACCAGGCCAAACAGCAGGUCAUCUGCAAGCUGUCUGAGAAGGUCACCCAGGACUUCACGCAUCCCCCUAUCCAGCCGCCUGGGCCCCCAGGGGCUGCCAACAGGGACUUCCUGAGCCAGCAGGAGAAGAUGGAGCACCUGAAGGAUGACAUGGAAGCAUAUCGGACCCAGAACCGCUUCCUCAACUCCGAGAUCCACCAGGUCACAAAGAUCUGGAGAAGGGUGGCUGAAAAGGAAAGGGCCCUCCUGAUGAAGUGUGCCUACCUCCAAGCCAAGAACUGCCAGGUGGAGAGCAAGUACCUGGCCGGGCUGCGGAGGCUACAGGAGGCCUUGGGGGGUGAGGCCACUGAGUGCUCAGAGCUGCUGAAGCAGCUUAUCCAGGAGGCGCUACAGUGGGAAGCCGGGGAGGCCUCAGCUGAUGGCGUGGAGCUGAGCCCUAUCAGUGAGUAUGAUGAGUAUGGCUUCCUGACGGUGCCCAACUACGAGAUGGAAGACCUGAAGCUGCUGGCCAAGAUCCAGGCACUAGAGGUGCACUCCCAUCACCUGCUGGCCCAUGAGGCCGUGGAGCAGCCGCUGCGGGAGCGCUGGGCUGCUCUGGGUGAUCUUGCACCCUCGGUCGAGCUCAAGCAGCUGCUGCGGGCAGGUGUGCCCCGAGAGCACCGGCCGCGUGUCUGGAGGUGGCUGAUCCACCUCCGCGUCCAGCAUCUGCGGAGCCCCGGCCGCUACCAGGAGCUGCUGAACCGGGGCCAGGUCCGCGAGCAUCCUGCCACCCGCCAGAUUGAGCUGGACCUGAACCGUACCUUCCCCAACAACAAGCACUUCACCUGUCCCACCUCCAGCUUCCCCGACAAGCUACGCCGGGUGCUACUGGCCUUUUCCUGGCAGAACCCCACCAUUGGCUACUGCCAGGGCCUGAACAGACUGGCGGCCAUCGCUCUGCUGGUCCUGGAGGAGGAGGAGAGCGCCUUCUGGUGUCUGGUGGCUAUUGUGGAGACCAUCAUGCCCGCUGAUUACUACAGCAAGACGCUGAUGUCAUCCCAGGUGGACCAGCGGGUGCUCCAGGACCUCCUCUUGGAGAAGCUGCCCAGGUUGAUGGCUCACCUGGGGCAGCACCAUGUGGAUCUCUCCUUCAUCACCUUCAACUGGUUCCUCGUGGUCUUUGCGGACAGUCUCAUCAGCAACAUCCUUCUCCGGGUCUGGGACGCCUUCCUCUAUGAGGGUACCAAGGGAAGAGGCAUGACCGUGAUCCGGGAAGCCCAUCCCUAUUCCCUCCGCUGCCCAUCCAGUGGUAUUCCGCUAUGCCUUGGCCAUUUUCAAGUACAACGAGGAGGCGAUCCUGAGACUGCAGGAUGGCCUGGAGAUCUACCAGUACCUGCGCUUCUUCACCAAGACCAUUUGCAACAGCCAGUGAGAACCCACUUCUGCCCCUACCCUGCCUGGCCAGCACUCCCACCACCCACACAUGCCCCAGGACACAUAGCAGAGGGUAGGCAGGAAGCUGAUGAACAUCGCCUUCAACGACAUGAACCCCUUCCCUAUGAAGCAGCUGCAGCAGUUGCGGAUGGCCCACCGGGAGCGGCUGCAGGCUGAGCUGCACGAGCUGGAGCAGCUGAAGGCUGAGUACUUGGAGACUCGGAACUCCCAAGGCCCAGCGGUGCCAGAGGGUUGCACCAGUGAGGACGAGGGGGAGGGGGACGCCUGACUUGGCCACCUGCCCUCCCCAAAGCUCUUUCUCCCCUUUGGCUGUCAGGCCUCUGGGAGGAUGGCCGUGGAACGGUGGUCCAGCCCGUGAGCCACAGCACUGCGUGUCGCUGGGCAAGUCCCUUCCCCUCUCUGGGCCUCAGUCUCCCCAUCAGAACAUUGUCUGCUGUGAAGCUCUUGGUUGGGACUCAUGAGCACAUACCCAGGGAUGCCACCCCUUUCUCACUUCUCCCACAGAGCACUUCAGCAAACAGACAAGCAAGAAUGCUGGCUUAUUGGGUAACCUGAACAUUCUUUAAGUUUUAUCUGUAUAAAACAAUGUAAAUAUUGGAAA